AUGAAUAUACCACCUAACAACCAUACUAAAGAACCUAGGGAUGGGGGAAGUUCGAGUUCAAAUUCCAACGGUAUUAACUUAGCUCAGAGGAAAAUUAUUACCGACUCGAAGUUUCAACGUGUUUUACAUACGCCGCUUAUGACAGAGCCACCAGGUGCAUUGAUAAACCAAGUAGGUAAUAAGUUUUACGAGGCAUUUCAACAAAAGCAUGGAAGUUAUGUCGAUCUUCCUUCUGCCAAAAUUUCGGAACUAAUGAAAUCAUCAAGUUUGGAUAAUGCUCCUACUCAAUCACUUUUGAGUGUUGUCAAUGGUAUACUAGAAGAAAGUGUUGAAAGAAGAAAUGGAGAAAUACCUCCUCGUGUGGCGUGCUUGCUAAGAAAAGUUGUCCAAGAGAUUGAGCGGCGUAUAUCUACACAACAAGAGCAUUUAAAAACUCAAAACAAUCUUUUCAAGACUCGUGAAGAAAAAUAUAAAUCAAGAAUAACAGUACUUGAGGCUCUUGCAUCAGGAACAACUGAAGAGAGUAAGGUCUCAAAGAAUGAGAAUAUCAUAAAGGAAGAAAAAAAUGCACAUGAUCACUCAAAACCAAUUGAGAAGAUUGUGAAAGAAGAAAAGAAGCAAAAUGGCUCAAUGCAGGUUGAGAACACUAAAGUUGAAGAAAAGAAUACAAAUGACACAAUUCAUGCCGAAAAGAAGAAAGAAGAGCAAAAUAAGAAGGAAAUUGAUAAAGAAGUUAUGAGAUUGAUUAAAGAGGUUGAAGAUAAAAAUACGGAAAAGAAGGAACUUGAUAAAGAAGUUAUUAGAUUGAUUAAAGAAGUCAAAGACAAAAAUGUCGAAAACAAGAAAAUUGAUAAAGAAGUUAUUAGAUUGACUAAAGAAGUGGAAGACAUAAAUUCGGAAAAGAAGAAAAUCGAUAAAGACGUCAUUAGAUUGACUAAAGAGGUGGAAGACAAAAGUAUGGAAAUUUCAACAUUGAAGCAAGAAGUAGAAACCAUGCAAAAAAAAUAUGAAGUGCAAUGCUCAAAGUUAGAAGAAAAAACUAAGGAUGCUAAAGGUGAAUUGAACCAGAAAUCACAAGAAUAUGAGCUUCUAUUGGAAAAGUUAAGAGAUAAGGUUAAAGAGAGUGAAGCUAUUAAUGAGGCAAAAUAUCAGAAAUGGAACAUGAAACAUAACCUAAUGCAGAAUGCUAUGAAUUUUCAAUUUAAUUCCAUAAAGCAAUUGAAAUUGUCUUGGGAAACAAUUAAGAAGGACAUUAUGAAAGAGCAAAUGAUUUAUUCCGAGGAAUGCAAUCGGUUAGGUGUAAAUCUUAAACCACUAGUGCAUGCAUCCGAGAAUUAUCGUACGAUUCUUGCAGAAAAUAGAAAACUAUUUAAUGAACUUCAAGAAUUAAAAGGAAAUAUUAGAGUAUAUUGUAGAAUUAGACCAUUUCUUCCUGGACAAAAAGAAAAACAAACUAUUGUGGAACGUAUUGGUGAAUCUGAUUUGGUUGUAGCAAAUCCCUCCAAGCAAGGGAAAGAAGCACUCAAAACAUUUAAGUUUAAUAAGAUCUUUGGUCCUUCAUCAACUCAAGUUGAGGUGUAUAAUGAUAUACAAGCUUUUAUAAGAUCAGUACUUGAUGGUUAUAAUGUUUGUAUAUUUGCUUAUGGUCAGACAGGUUCAGGAAAAACUUACACAAUGAGUGGUCCAAAUGGUGCAUCCAAUGAGAAUCUUGGUGUUAACUAUAGAGCUCUAAAUGACCUAUUCAACAUAUCCUCAAGUAGACAAAGCUCUAUAGUUUAUGAAAUUGGUGUCCAGAUAAUUGAGAUAUAUAAUGAACAAGUUCGAGAUUUGUUACUUGGGAUAUUGAAUCACUCUCAACCAAAUGGCUUAGCAGUACCUGAUGCUAGCAUGCACCCUGUCAAAUCAACUAAUGAUGUCAUAAAGCUAAUGGAAAUUGGUUUGAAAAAUAGAGCAAAGGGUUCAACUGCUAUGAAUGAAAGAAGUAGUCGAUCUCAUAGUGUUGUUUCGAUUCAUGUUCGUGGGGCGGAUAAGAAAACCGGUUCAACUCUCCAAGGUAAUCUUCAUUUGGUAGAUUUGGCCGGAAGUGAAAGGAUAGAUCGUUCUGAAGUAACCGGAGAUAGACUAAAGGAAGCACAACAUAUUAACAAAUCAUUGUCAGCUCUUGGAGAUGUCAUUUUCGCCCUUGCUCAAAAGAGUGCUCAUAUACCAUAUAGAAACAGCAAGCUCACACAAAUUUUGCAAACCUCUCUUGGUGGUCAUGCAAAGACACUCAUGUUAGUCCAAAUUAAUUCAGACAUAAAGUCUUACUCUGAAUCUUUGAGUACUUUAAAGUUUGCUGAAAGGGUUUCUGGAGUUGAGUUAGGAGUUGCAAGAAGUACAAAAGAGGGAAGAGAUGUUAGAGAAUUAAUGGAACAGGUGGCUUCUCUGAAAGACACUAUUUCAACAAAAGAUGAGGAAAUUGAGAGGCUACAAUUACUUAAGGAUCUAAAAAAUGAUAAUUCUGAGAAGCUUGAAGAUUAA